GCCCCGCGGGAGGACUGGAGGCCGCGCGCUGGGGGCCGGGGCUGCGCUGGCCGGAGGGCCCGCCCUGCGUUCUCCCGGCCCGCGCCGCGGCCUGCAUGGGCUCCAGCCCGCGCUCCCCGGCCGUGCGCGCUCGCCCGCGGACCCGACCGGCGGGCGCCCGGGAUGCCCGAGCUCCCGGCCCCGGCCCCGCGGCUCCUCCUGGCCCUGCGCGGGGGCCGGCGGGCGAUGGACGCGGGCAUGAAGAAGUUCACGGUGCGCCGGUUCUUCUCGGUCUAUCUCCGCAAGAAGUCCCGCGGCAAGAGCUCAAGCCUGAGCGGACUCGAGGAUGAAGGCAUCGUGAAGGAGAUCGACAUCAGUCACCAUGUGAAAGAGGGAUUCGAAAAGGCAGACCCUUCACAGUUUGAAUUGUUGAAAGUUUUAGGACAAGGAUCCUAUGGAAAGGUGUUUCUGGUGAGGAAGGUCAAGGGAUCUGAUGCUGGGCAGCUCUAUGCAAUGAAAGUUCUUAAGAAAGCCACCUUAAAAGUUCGCGACCGUGUCAGAUCGAAGAUGGAGAGAGACAUUUUGGCAGAAGUGAAUCACCCGUUCAUUGUAAAGCUUCAUUAUGCCUUUCAGACGGAAGGAAAACUCUAUCUGAUACUGGACUUCCUGCGAGGAGGAGAUCUUUUCACCAGACUCUCCAAAGAGGUCAUGUUCACUGAAGAAGACGUCAAGUUUUACUUAGCUGAGCUAGCCUUGGCUUUAGACCACCUCCACGGGCUGGGGAUCAUUUACAGAGAUCUCAAACCUGAGAACAUCCUCCUGGAUGAAGAGGGCCAUAUAAAGAUCACAGAUUUCGGCCUGAGCAAGGAGGCCAUCGACCACGACAAGAGAGCCUACUCGUUCUGUGGGACCAUCGAGUACAUGGCCCCCGAGGUCGUGAACCGCCGCGGACACACGCAGAGCGCCGACUGGUGGUCCUUCGGGGUGCUGAUGUUCGAGAUGCUGACGGGGUCUCUGCCGUUCCAAGGGAAGGACCGGAAGGAAACCAUGGCCCUCAUCCUCAAAGCCAAGCUAGGCAUGCCUCAGUUCCUGAGCAUGGAAGCCCAGAGUUUGCUGAGAGCCCUCUUCAAAAGGAACCCCUGCAACCGACUCGGUGCUGGCCUCGAUGGAGUGGAGGAAAUUAAGCGUCAUCCUUUCUUUGUCACCAUAGAUUGGAAUAAGCUGUACAGGAAAGAGAUCAAACCACCUUUUAAACCAGCCGUGGGCAGGCCUGAAGAUACCUUCCACUUUGAUCCUGAGUUCACUUCAAGAACUCCUACAGACUCUCCCGGCGUCCCCCCCAGCGCCAACGCCCAUCACCUCUUCAGAGGAUUCAGCUUUGUGGCAUCGAGCCUGGUUCAAGAACCUGCACAACAGGAGCCACACAGAGCAGCAGUGCACCCCAUUGUGCAGCAGCUACACGGAAACAACAUCCACUUUACCGAUGGCUACGAGAUCAAGGAGGACAUCGGAGUGGGCUCCUACUCGGUGUGCAAGCGCUGUGUGCACAAAGCCACCGACACAGAGUACGCUGUGAAGAUCAUCGACAAGAGUAAAAGAGACCCCUCGGAAGAGAUUGAGAUCCUCCUGAGAUAUGGCCAACACCCCAACAUCAUCACCCUGAAAGAUGUCUACGACGACGGGAAGUACGUGUACCUGGUGAUGGAGCUGAUGCGUGGCGGGGAGCUCCUGGACCGUAUCCUGAGGCAGAGAUACUUCUCGGAGCGGGAAGCCAGCGAUGUCCUGUGCACCAUCACGAAGACUAUGGACUACCUCCACUCCCAGGGGGUUGUUCAUCGAGACCUGAAGCCAAGCAAUAUACUGUACAUGGACGAGUCUGGAAACCCCGAAUCCAUCCGAAUCUGUGACUUUGGAUUUGCCAAGCAACUGCGAGCCGAGAACGGGCUGCUCAUGACCCCCUGCUACACAGCAAACUUUGUGGCCCCUGAGGUCCUGAAGCGGCAAGGUUAUGAUGCGGCGUGUGACGUCUGGAGUUUGGGAAUCCUGUUAUACACCAUGCUUGCAGGCUUCACCCCCUUUGCAAAUGGACCAGAUGACACUCCUGAGGAGAUUUUGGCAAGGAUUGGCAGUGGGAAGUAUGCUCUAUCUGGAGGAAACUGGGAUUCAAUAUCUGAUGCGGCAAAGGAUGUUGUCUCCAAGAUGCUCCACGUGGACCCCCACCAGCGCCUGACAGCAGUGCAAGUGCUCAAACACCCAUGGAUUGUGAACAGAGAGUACUUGUCCCAAAACCAGCUUAGCAGACAGGAUGUGCACCUUGUGAAGGGAGCAAUGGCCGCCACCUAUUUUGCUUUAAACAGAACACCUCAGGCACCGAAACUGGAGCCAGUGUUGUCCUCCAACCUGGCUCAGCGCCGGGGCAUGAAGAGACUUACCUCGACGAGGUUAUAGCCGGCAAGGGUGAUACCAGUUCCCAGCCCACGGAGGGUCUCGGGGGCACGCAGGCACUGGACUGGGGAUACCACUCCCGAGCAUCGCCGGAAUGACCAGAAGUCCAAAUCGAAGGCAGGAUUAGCCUGGGCUCUUCUCGUGUUUUCUUUUGCAGCCCCGCAGAGGAUCCCGACCCAGUGACUUCUUAAAACCUUGCUGUGCCAACCUUGCCUACGUUCUCCUUCCUUAUUCCUAAGCAAAACCAAAUGAAUCCAUUUCACCUCUGAUCGACAUGGGAACACCUGUUGGGGUUCUUUCAGGAUCUUUAGGUCUUUUGAUAGUACGGCUUAUAUUUCGGUGGAAAGAUAUAUUUCCCCCCCCAUCAUUAAGCCAGUAAUUGGGUCAGACUUCCAACAUUGACCUCCUGGUUAUUAUGGUAAGAAGUGGUCAGUAUGGCAGUGAGCCAGUCAGUUUAUGGCAGAACCUUCUCCAUGAGGGGCUGGGUGUCGUGAUCCCUGGUAUUUCCAGUGGGCCGAAGGGUAGAGCAGGGCACCGUGGCCUCUAGGAGUAGAUGGUCCCAUUCCGGAAUAAUCCAAAGAGUCGUUCUCAUUGUCUCCUCCUGUUUUCACUGAGGUGCUGUGUUUUCCAUCUUCCAUCACCAGUUGGGUUGGAGGAAAAGAGCCCAACCAAGAAUCAGGCUAUCUGCAGCUUCUCCUUGAUAUCUAUAUUUCACAAGUCUUGAGAGGGCCACUCCCCAGAAGGGAGCCAGAGAAAGCCUGCCUCCACCCAACUUCCGGAGUUUCCUCCCACGGGGCCAGGCACCGAGCUGGAGGGACAGCUCAUCCAUGCCCCUGCCUCCUGGUUCUUGGUGGUCACCAAGGCUAACCAACUGGAGGCCUUGGAGAGAGCUUGGGGUUGAACCCCAGGCCCGAGACCUUUGCCCAGCCUUGUAAAUGCUCACCCAAAGUAGUGGCUUUGCUGUGCUUGCUUUCAUUUUUCUGGUCUACGGGAAAACUGUGAAUACUGAAAAUAUUGAGCUUUGUGGCCUCCCAUCGAAUUCUGUUGGCUGCGUUUUUGCCUUUCUCAGGCCCACUGGAGGUAGGAGGCCUCACUCCCAGCACCCUCUGCAAAGCCGUAGGGGGCUGUGGGGAAGGGGAGCCGAAAGAAGCAUGAGUAACGGUAGUGACGCACUUUGUAGAAAGAGUGUUUGUGCGUGUGUGUUGGGUUUGAUGUUCCUGUUGCAUAGAUCUGUUUUGAAAUGGACACUUGCGAUUUCCAUAACUGAAGAGGGAUGUUUUUACUUGAUGGGUUGUGCCCACAGGAGUGGGCCUGGUGCCGAGUGGGAGCCCUGGCUGUGCUUUUCCUUGCUAAAUUGAGUAGUGCUUAUUCCCUAAGGACGGCUGGGAGCCCUCCCCUGCCCCCACCCAGGCUGGCAUUUGUUAGCUCUGUCAAGGAUGACGUUUCUGAGCUCUUGCCCCUUGACUCAUUUGUCCCCAGCAUCACUGAGGAGUGGCUCUCCUUCUGCAAUGAGAUGGUUUCAGAGGCAGCUGUUAGGUUAUUGCCAGGUUUUCACAAAGAAGGCUGCAUCUUAUCCAUGCUUUUCUCUAUCCACCUCAACUUACCCUAGUACCCAACUUAAAAAAAAAGCAAAACAAAACAAAAAAAAGGCGCAUUUUUUUAAAACCUAACUUCUUAACAUGGUCUAACUGUUUGAUGUUAAAAUAUAAACCCAUUUGAUGACUUUUAAUUAUUCUUUGAGGCUUUUUUUUCCUCUUCAGAGCACCACAAAAAAAUUAUAAAAUAAAAGGAGGGUUUUAUUUUAUAAACCCUUUAUAUUUUAUAAGACACCCUAGAGUCAGAGUGCGCCAGGCACUGUGGUAUGUGUUUCACCCACGUUGUUCCCCUUAAUCUCUGCAACAAUCAUAUAAGGCAGGUUUAAUUAUUAUCCAAAAAAAUAAAAGAGGGGCAUAGAUCCAUGUCCUUGUUUCCCCAGAAAGCACAUAAGGCAUUUCUCCUAUUUUCUCAACAGAAAAUGCUUUUUCCUGUGGCUAAAAUGACUUCCACCCACAGGAGUUUUGUUUCAGUUCUGAGUUAUUUCAUUUCUUAAUAGAAACUUCUGGAAACUAGCUAGUCGUCAAAUCCUCGGCUUCACCUUCCUAGAAAUCAACAAAAAUCGUUAUAUUUGCUGUGCUUUCCAGGCCUUUUGGCCUGGAUUUUGUUUGCAUGUUUGUUUAAAGUUGAUGCCUUUAGGUGGAAGGAGAGGGAACUUAGAGAAAUAAAUGAGAAAGCAUCACGGAGAAAGUGCUCGCAGGAUAUUCUCUACUUGUGUGCUUCAAUCGCACCCACAGUUCCUCGUCUUUUUAGUUAUACAGAUUUUUGCAGCCUUAUCCUCUGAACUGUAAGCCCUCCAAAGAGACUGCUAAGACUCAGCACCAAACUCUGUCCUUAAUGUAUAUUUCAGUGUGCAUCAGCAGAAGAAAACUUCGGCUAACGUCAGCUCUGCCGAACCAACGCUACUUGAAUGUCUGUAAAAUACCUCUGUUUCCCCACCCUUAUGUAGAAUGAAAUGAUACUUGAAAUCCUUCAACAGAAAGUCAGCCUAAGGUUAGGAUGUAAUAUUUUUAAAUGAACUUUCAAACAUGCUAUCUGAACCAGCAAGUGAACACGCUUCAUAAGCAGCAGUCUGUGUGCAAAGGGAAGAUGUUAUUACUAUUUUCUUUUCACCUGUACAAUGCACCUCCACAAUUAUUGAACGACUCAACUUGAUUUGCACAACUGAUAUCACCGCACAAGAAGUUAAGUAGCUCUCCCUGCUCGUACGUAUAAUCUUAUUCCCUUCUUGAUCAUGAAAACCAUAGAACUUGUAAUGGGAAAACUAAGCCUUCCAACUCAGGCUCCUAACCCACCCCACACAGUGUCCCUUCCAUGGCACCUCACCGUACUUUCCUUCCACACUGGCAGCUUUCUGCUUUCAAGAAAUCCCUGAUCCAAUCUGCUCGAGAGCUUUCCCGGAUUCAACCCACAAAAUCAAAACAUGGGCAAGAGGUGAGGAUUUCACGUAUCCUUCUGUCAGAUUUGUACAUGGUUUUAAACUCAUGUCAUGUGUGUUGACGUUUGGAAGAUUGACUUUUUAAGUGAUAGUUGUACUUAAUGUUAGCAAGUAUCGUUCAUUAAAUAGUGUUAUUCUUAACAGCUGCACAUUGGGAAUUUUACCUUCUGCUUCACCGAGUCUCUCAAACACAAGAUAAAAUUUGAUAUGCACUCCAUUCUAUUUCCAACACAGUUUUGUUGCCCAUUACCUUCCAAAGAGUCAUAAAAGUUCUAGAAUGCUAAAGGGCCAUUUAGGUCCCUGAUUGGUAAGGAAAAAACAAAACCCAACAGGAGAUGAAAUCGACUGUAACUUCUCAGACGUCAGGAAAUCGCACAAUAGCCCACACUGGCAGGCUCACUUCCUUCUGUAGAGAAACAGUGGACUCUUUGGCCAUCGGAGUUGGUUAGUGCUUAACACGCUUUUCUACCUAGAUACCAUGACUCAGCACUUUGUUUACAAGCUCAGCAUUUAUGUUUACAGAUCAUGUUUAUGUUCCCACGCUUUGUAUUUUAUGUUUGAGAUGGGCGGCCAUUGUACAGAUAUUUAUUAUGCUUUCCAGACUUUCCGAAUAGAUUUUUUGAAUAAACAUGGGGUUUUAUGAAGUGUAAUAUUUUUCUAGCCUAACAGUUACCCUUUGGACUUUCUAUAUUGUUACCCACAGUAGCUUGCCGAUCAGCUCCUUACUUCCCUUGUCGCGUUGCACUGUCUCAGGGCUACUGCGCUGAUAGAGCCUUUUCCCGAGGGAAGUGGCACCAUGGUCCCAUCGGAAGUAAGAACUCACAUGUGUACAGUUGUGUGUGCUCCACCGUGAGAAGCCCAGCUGCGUGGCGGGACGGGGGCGCUGGUGGGGACAGCAGGCAGCUAUUUGUGUACCAAAGUGGGCAACCACCUGGGUGGGCUGCUGGCGACAAUCCCUGCUGUACCAUCCUCCGGUCCUGGCACGCCAUCCUUUCUUUAUACAGAAAUAAAACAAAAAUAUGCCACCACUG